AUGCCAGAUCCAAAAGUUCACGCUGCAGAGCGAGCCAAUCGGAUGAGAGAACAAUAGCAAUAGUGACUCAACAAGAGAAAAGUAGCGCUGGAUUAAGAAACUGUCUCACUGGAAUAUGACUGGACAAACAAUCCCCGGUGGUUGUAAGAGCUCAGCCGCGGUGAGGACAAACUUUAAUCCUCGCGACUGAAAUGUGUUUAUAAUAAUUUUCAGCAUACCGGAAAACGCCCGCCCCUCUUGUGCGGCGUCCAAUCAGACUGUCAGAAAAGUGCCGACUACUUCCUGGUUCUCCCUCCGCUGCCGCUCAGCUGACCUGCAGUCAUGCGGUUCCGAUUCUGUGGUGAUUUGGACUGUCCCGACUGGGUGCUGGCCGAAAUAAGCACGUUAGCAAAACUGUCGAGCGUCAAAAUGAAGCUUCUCUGCGCUCAAGUGCUGAAACACCUGCUGGGGGAAGGAAUCGAUUACGACAAGAUCACAAAACUCACAGCAGAUGCCAAAUUUGAGAGUGGAGACGUGAAGGCCAGUGUUGCGGUUCUCAGCUUUAUCUUCUCCAGCGCUGCGAAACAUGAUGUGGACAGUGAGUCUCUCUCCAGUGAGUUGCAGCAGCUCGGCCUGCCCAAAGAACACACCACUGGUCUGUGCAAGUCCUACGAAGACAAACUGUCCGCCCUGCAGGAGAAGCUCAGAGCGACCAGCCUGAGAUUGGGACGGUUGGAGGCCGUGUCGUGGCGAGUCGACUACACGCUGAGCUCCAGUGAACUGCGGGAAGUCAAUGAACCGGUGGUUCAGCUGAGGCUGCAGUCUCAGGGAGCAGAGUCAGGUGCCUCCCAGACCACCGUGGUGUCACUCUCGGCCGACAAGUUCAGAGUCUUCCUCACAGAACUCAAGCAAGUCCAGACGAUGAUGAACGCACUACAAUAAAGACGUGUUACAGCAAAGCUCUCAGUUUCUCACUCAUGUCCUAUGAACUAGUGAAGCCAGAGGGUGAAUGGCUCUUUGUGGAACCUCUGCCUUUUGAUAAUGACUUAUAUAUUUAGCCACAAUAUAUGUUGCAGCCUGAAUGAACUCGAUUAUAAGUUGCAGCAAACAACAGUCCACCUUUUCA